AUGACUUCUCCCACCAAGACCUCGACGUCGGGCUCGAUGACCUCCAAGGAGUACGCUCGUCGUGUCGCUGUCCCGCACUCCCUCGGCUUCAAGCCCACCAGCGGCUCCCCAACGCGUGACAAGCUUCGUCAGUUCUCCUCCUCUGCCAGUGAGCGUGUUGGUGCCAUUGGCGCCGAGCUCAUCCGCAAAGUCUCCGGCAUCAAGUCGGAGAAGAAGCAUCCGGUUGAGCUCCUCAACCUGGACAGCACUGCGGACGAUGGUCCGCCUCACCCGGUCAUCGUGAGCUCCACGAUGCUCUCCAACACUUCGUCCACCGACCGUGGCAAGCAGCGUCAUGUUGCGCCGAUCGGAACUCGUUCGGAUUCUGCGAGCCCAGUCCGCACAAUCUUCACCACGGACGCUGGCCCUCACUUUGUGGGAGGUCACUACGUGAAGGUGUCGUUCAUCACUUCGGAUGAUCACGCGCAGUUGUUGAAGGCGCUCUUCAACGAGGUCAGUACACCAUGCCAUCCAUCUGCCAUACCGUCGGCUAACAUCAAGCAGUUUGACUGGGAGAUGAAGAUCCUCGGCCAGAAGUUGACGCCCCCGUCCAAGUCCGGCUUCCAUGACUUGCUCGUGUGCUUCGACGACAUCGCUGAGGCCGCCACGGCAGAGGAAGAGGCCAACAUGGUCACUUCCCGCUGGGUCGUUGCGUACGUUCAGCACGCCGAAUACGCCGCUGCUCACAGCAUCCUCGUGUCCCCCGUCGACGACACGUUUCACUUUGACGGUCAGGUCGUCUUCGCUGCUGCUUUCCGUGGCAAUCUCGCAAACAUCAACAUCUCCGACGUCAAGGAGACCGUCCGUGAGAUUGCGAAGAGCUUCGGCAAGCUGCUGGCGUUUGAUGGCUGCGAGACCUCAUCCACAUUCACGAUGGAGUUCCGUGCAGAGUACAACUGCAUCAGCAGUGCUCGCAAGGCGCUGGCUGACCUCAACGACUCAGUUCCUCUUGUGAUCGAGGGCUGGUACCUCACGGCGAAGAUGUACUCCACUCUUCCCAUGUCUCCCACCUCCUCCGCGGAUGCUGGUCAGUCAGCUCAAGUCUCCACUCCCACCGACGCUGGCACUCCAGCACCAUUCGUCAGCUCGACCGGCCGCUCAACCUGGUACUACGACGCCAAUGGCGUGUGCCACCCCGCCCUCGCGCAUGAUUCGCGCUCCCAUGCCAACCCUCGAUCCUCCGGGAUCGUCGCCUAUGCGUCAUACAACCACAUAGGCGCCCCUCUUUCCUCUACCGGCCAGCCUCGCCAGGAUCUCGUUCAACAACCAUACCAUCACGAGCCGGCAACCCGCAACCACCGCGGUGACAACUACGGUCAAGGCCUGUCUCACUACGCGUACGACAUCUACGAGACUCAACUGCUCGCCGACAAGGACUGCCAGAAGGUCACACUCGAAGGCAUCUUCCGUGGUGACAUGCGUACCACCAUCAUGCUCCGCAACAUCCCGAAGGAGUGGACUUGCGACGAUCUGAAGAUCCGUCUGGAUGAGUACGCCUUUGGCCGGUACGACUUCUCUUACCUUCGCAUGGAGUUCGGUGAAGGAGUCAACAUGGCAUACGGUUUUGUCAAUUUCAUCUCCGCGGACGAUCUGUACAACUACGUUCAGGACUUUGUCGGCAAGCUCUGGGCGCCAAACGCCAACGAUACGAAGAAGCAGAAGGAGUCGGCCGUGGCCUACGCCACCGUCCAAGGCAUCGACUGUCUCAUCGAGAAGUUCAGAAACUCUUCUGUCAUGGAUGAGUGCCCGACAUACCGACCCAAGCUUUGGUUUAUCGCCGCUGACGCUCCCAACCCCUCCAUGGUCGGUCAAGAGAAGCCCUUCCCAGGCCCCAACAACUACCAACGCAAGCAGCGAUCCAUCAACGACGCUCAGCACAGCGGCCUCUUCCCUGCCAACUCCGGACCUCGUGGUGGUCCACGCACGAGUGAUGGUCAGCGUCGCUCAACUUACGAUCGCGGUACUCUCAGCCAGAUCCGCCAGGACGCACAGCUGAACAUUAGCAGUGGCAAGGGCUUCUACACCCAUACCGCCGCCGUUCACAGCGACGCUAUGCACAAGGAUGGAUACGUUCACCCUACCGUCUUCAACUCUCGCCUUCACGGUCACAUGGCCAUGCCGCGAUACAUUCCCGCUCCCUUCCACGUCGGCAUGGCCGGCAUUCCUCAGCAGCAGAACCCGCCAGGCAUCCCGCAGCAGCAGCUGUCGCGCCCACCACCAUCUGCUGGUCUCCCUCCACCAUCAGCUGGCUUGUCUCACCGAUCCUCUGCUGACCACUCCAACAACUCUCCUCGCUACCCGUCGCCGGCUCAAGCCCGUGGUGGUCAUCGUGAUGGUGGAGUCAACCCUCGCAGCGCCACCCGUGGUGCCUUCGAAGCGAACCUGGCCCGCAACCCCGCCAUCGCCCGUGGAGAUGGUACCCUCAACAGCCCUUGCACCAUCACCCGCAACGCCCAGCACGGUCUCGCCGGCAUCGGUGAGGAGCCCACCUUGCCCAGCGCCUCUUACAACGCUCAAGCUCAGAGCACCGAGCACGGCCAUGGUAACAACUACACCUUGCCGAGCAGCACCUACGUCCCACCCACCCGGGGCGCCUUGCCGAGCACUCGGUACACCUCUCCCGCUCAGGCUCCUCAGCAUUACAACUACAUGUUGCCGCGCACUACCUACGCUCCGCCAGCUGCGGACUCUCGUCGCAUCGCCUUCGCUCCGGAGGUCGACAGCCACCCUCGCCAUAACGGCAACACCGCUCGCACUUCUUCAUACACCAACCCUCCUCGCAGCGCUGGCCUCCCUCCCCAGAACAACAGCGGUGACGGCGCCGUGUUUGACAACGACACCGCCGCAGAGCCUCGUCUGUAUGUCGACGAGUACGGUUACGUCGAUGACAAGGGCCCCGACAACUCGCAUAUGACCGCAAUCGAGCGUGGCGUCCGCGCCUUCCGCCUCGGUGCCCGCACUGGGAAGUACGGCGGCAACGGCCUCAUCCCGGGUGCGAACCCCAAGCUGCCUGCCGGUUCGGUGUUCAACGCAGCUGUCGAGAUGGCUGAAGACGACCCAAUCCCAGCACACUUCGCCCAAGGUGGUCAGUCUUCUCAGUUGGCCGCCACUACCCACCAGCAUCCCAAGUGA